AUGGAAGAGAAGCUUAUCGAAAGUGUACGUAAGUACGGCUGCCUGUGGCAAGUAAAGUCCAGGGAGUAUAAAGACCUGCGUCUGAAGGAGAACUCUUGGAAAGAGGUCUCGGAAGAAACUGGGCUCCCAGCGGCAGACUGCCAGAAAGUAUGGAAACGUCUUCGCGACAAGUUCGUGAGGGAAGAGAAGAAAACUAAAUCAAUGCGUUCUGGAGACUCGGGACCUCCCUACAGCUCAUUGUGGGAGUACUUUGAGUUUGACAAUGUACCGUAUGUAGGAUCGAACGGUGUUCAUUGUACAUUUAUAGAACAGUUACCAACUUUAGUGCCCCCCCUAGAUGAUGGUUGCGUUCAUGAUGAUGAUGAGGAGGACAAUGAUGAUGAUAGUGAGAGCAUUGUAGCAGUAGACCAGUUUGAACACAACCAAUCAAUGACAACACGUCAGUCUACUCCGUCACCAUCAGUGCCAUUAUCUGGAGGAGUAGUGCAAACACCUAUGGGAGAAAUUCGUUCCAACAGAGGCAAGGGCAAAAAGAGGAAGGUGGAUGCUGAAGCUGUUGAUUUAGCUAUGCUUCAGUUGAUCAACGACCAGAAGAGCAAUCCUACUGAGCCAUCGCUAGAUGAAGAAGGGCUAUUUGGAUUACACAUUGCAGCCAAACUAAGACAGUUGUCCGACCGUGAGAAAGCAAUUGCGGAGAUUAAAAUCGAAGAAAUACUAUUGGAGGCAAAAUUUGGCUACCAAUACCAGCAAAGCAGCCACCAAUACCAGCAUUGA